ACAGGCUGUUGUGGUGAGCAUGGAAACAAUGGAAGUCUACAAAGCACUCUGUUUGAUGAAUCUACUAGUUGCAUUCCUUUCAAAAGGGUCUCACUCUCAGUUGGAUGUAUGUGGAACCCCUCUCAACAUUAGGAUUGUGGGGGGUCAGGAUGCUCUUGCAGGGAGUUGGCCAUGGCAGGCCAGUCUGCACAGAUUUGGCAGGCAUUUUUGUGGGGGAUCCCUCAUCAACAAAGAGUGGGUGCUGACCGCUGCUCACUGCUUCUCCAGCCCCAGUACAUCAAAUUUGGUGGUCUACGUUGGUCGUCAGAACCAGAAGGGCUCUAACCCCAACGAGGUGGACCGGGCGGUCACUCAGAUCAUGUCCCACCCCAACUACACCAAAAGUACUAAUGACAACGACAUGUGUCUUCUCAAGCUCUCCUCCCCUGUGACUUUUACCAACUACAUCCGGCCAGUCUGCCUAGCUGCACCAGGCAGCUCCUUUCAUGCCGGCACUACUAGCUGGGUCACUGGCUGGGGCACCAUCCGCAGUGGAGUGUCCCUGCCUUCACCAAAGACCCUACAGGAGGUGGAUGUGCCAGUAGUGGGAAACAGGCAGUGUAACUUUAACUAUGGAGUAGGUUCAAUCACAGACAACAUGAUCUGUGCUGGUCUAGUAGCAGGAGGAAAGGAUUCCUGUCAGGGGGACUCUGGAGGUCCGAUGGUAACCAAACAGGGUACUCGCUGGAUCCAGUCUGGUGUUGUGAGUUUCGGCCAAGGCUGUGCCCUGGCAAAACUCCCAGGAGUGUACGCCAGAGUGUCCCAGUACCAGACCUGGAUCAACAGCCAGAUCAGCAGUGACCAGCCAGGCUUUGUCACCUUCUCCUCCAGUGGGACUGACUCUGACCUCAGUGUCUUCUUUGUGGUGUGUGGCAGCGCUAGCGCCUCUUUGAACUCCCAUGUUGGUGGCGGAAGCUCGUUGGCGACAGCAGGUUUGUGGCCCUGGAUAGCCAGCAUACAGACCAACGGAGCGCACGUCUGCGGGGGCACGUUAGUGGCGGUAGACUCUGUCAUGAGUGAUGCCAGCUGCUUUUCUAGCCAGGCCAACGCCUCUGAGUGGACCGUGAUUCUGGGUCGUCUGAAGCAGAGCGGCUCCAAUCCCCACGAGGUAACCCAGAACGUCAUCAACAUCACCAUGAGCAACUUGACGGCCAACAACGUGGCAAUCCUCAGACUGGCCAGCCAACCCACGUUGUCUGACUACAUCCAGCCUAUCUGUGUGGACAAGGGAACCAGAACCUUCAGCACAGGGACUCCGUGUUGGGUAGCUGGCUGGGCAACAGGCCAGGGUGGCGCUGAGGAAGUUCUGCAGGAGUUCCAGACCUCUGUGGUGGAAUGUGUGAAUGUUUCAUCUACGGACAACAUUUGCACCGGAGCUGUGACACUACUGCAGGGUAAUGCCGGUGUUCCUUUGAUGUGUAAGCAUGGCAACUCAUGGUUCCAGACUGCUGUGUUGACUGUCGACAGCAGCAGCAACACCACUAGCAAUAACAGCACCAACAAAGCACGUUGGAGCAGGGGUCCCCACAGCUCCCCUAUCCAAGUCUUCACCAAAACCUCCCACUUCCAAAACUUCCUGGCUGCCAAUUUGGGAACAUUCCUAUCCCCUGCCACCUCAGCUGGUGGCAGCAGUGGAGCUUCCCUGGCCCACUCCUCUCUCCUCCUCUCCUCUGUCCUACUGUUGGGUUGGUACUAAGAAAUUCCACGGCUACCAUUGACAAGCCCUCUCUAACCUCCAACCAAUUAAAAGUAUAUUUUUCAAGCCAUUAAUCAAUUUGUCAGUGACUGGCAGUGUGUCAAAGCCAGGAUUCUAGUUUUGAACUCAGGGAGCCUUAAUUUCCAACUUCGUCUUUCUUUACUAUUUUUGCCGUCAAUGUUUGUAUCAGUAGCAUUUUCUGGAUACUAUUUUGUUAUGACACUUACAACAUUGCUGUUUGAGACGCAAUAUGCAAGCUUUUCUGUUAACUGCCUGGGUAUGUGUAACAUUGUUACAUGAAAAUAUCCAGAUACCAUGUAACAUAAUAAUGUUGCUGCAAAUAAUGUUUUCAGAGUUGACCCUUUCUAGCCUGAGCGGAAUGUUCCAUUUCUUGCAGGAUCAAGACUUCUGCGUAUAUUAAUGGGUAUACUUUGCUGGUGUAAAACCAUAUAUGAAAACAUGAUAGGCAUUUUGAAAGCUGAGAAACAGCCCCUUGAAAUGAUAUGACAUACAAUAGCAUCCCAUCAAUUUUAAUCAGUCAAGAAAUAACCUAUGAAAAUAUGCUUUUCCCCAAACAACUGCCAUUACCACAACUUUUUAAUGAAGAAAGAGAGCAUAUUGUCUUUGUUAAGUGUUGAACAUUUGAAAUCAGAAUAGAAAUACCUUUUACUGUGACUGUUAUUUUGAAAAACUUCUAUGGAAUAUUCCUUGAUCAGACACUUUCUUAUCUGGAUAGUAAAUAAAUAAAAAAAUUCUGCAUCAAAUUACAAAUAGCAUUUAGUCUUACAUGAUAAGGAAAUAAAUAAACAAGUAAUAUAAUAUUAAUAAAACAACCUUAUUCUUUCAAUGUUAUGGGGAAUACAUUGUCUGUCGUAGCCAUAACAUUCACCUCAGUGAUUUUACUAUAAAGAUUUAUCUGGAAUUACAGUGCCUAUAGAAAGUCUACACUCCCUUGAACUUUUUCAACAUUUUGUUGUGAGAAAAUAAGUAUAUAUUAAAAAUACAAAACUGGAUAAGUCUCCAUCCCCCUGAUUUAAUACUUGGUGGAAGCACCUUUGGAAGCAAUUUCAGCUGUGAGUGCUGAAAUAAGUUUCUACCAACUUCGAAUUUAGAACUCUUGACUUUUUCCACAUUGUGUUACAUUACAGCCUUAUUGUAAAAUUCAUUAAA